CUCGGUUAUGUCUUGGUCUCGGUUUGUGUGGUCUUGACUACAGCACUACUAGGGAAUCUAGCAAAAAGUGAUUACAGCAAUACAUCAAUUCUUUGAGGAGGAACUUUUUCCUCCUUGAAUAAAUUGCAGGGAAACUGAGGACUUAAGUUUCCAUUCUCAAGAAAGGAGAGUCAGAUAACAGCCUGCUGAUAAAGAAAGGUGGAUUUAUGACUUCCAAAGUGUCACGCCUCUAUCACGGACAUUUAAAGCUGCUGCUGCACAUCAUCACGUCAUCCACACUAGAGAGCUGAAGCUGGAGCGACUGUAACCAGAGAGCAACAUCAAGAGGAAACAUCUGCUCGACUAAGUCAUCUUCAGAAAACGACUGAGAGGAAGAAACAGCAGAAAGAUGAGUGCUGCUCAGAGUCAAACCACACUGGAGUCUCUACAGUGCCACUUCACCUGGAACCUGGUCCACAGCAGGCCUAAACUUUUACGUCUCACAUACAAGAUGGAGGACUUCAGCAAAGAGAAGGGAAAUCGAUGGCUGGGCCACAUUUACAACCUGUGGGGGUUCAUUCAGUAUAAGCUGGGGUUAAAUGAAGAGGCGAGGAGCUUGUUUCAGAAGGCUGCAGAGGCCCUCAACAAGCUGAGAAAUGCAGAUGUGGGUCCUUGGUUAGUGGUGAACUACGGGAACCUGGCCUGGCUGCACCACCACCUGGGAGAUCAAGCAGAGAGUCAGGCUUACCUGUCAAAGGUUGAUGCCCUGAUGGAAAAAUACCCAUCUCCAUCCCAGGGCGAGCUCCAUCCAGAGAUCUACGCUGAAACUGCCUGGACCCUGAUGUUCUUAGGAGAGGAUAAGAAGCUGGUUGUUGAUUACUUUGAGAAAGCUGCCAGGAUGCAGCCGGACAUGGUGGAUUGGAACACCAGCUAUGUCAUAUGGUUAAAGAAUGCCCAAAACUUCAGUGACACAAGGCUGGACCCUGACCUGUUGGAGAAAAUGAGACAAGCCAAGGAACGGGAUCUAGAGAACGUGUACCUCGCUGCUCUCUACCUUAAGCAACUUGCUGAUGAAGGAAAAAAGAUUCGAGAUGAAGUCUGUGAGUUGGCUGGAAAUGUGAGCACUCUGUGCUACAGUAGCAGUGGCAUGUGGGCCUUACUAAACCUUUACAUAGAUCACAUAUCUGCUGAUGACGCCAUUGUUUUGGCAGAGAAAGUUCUAAAAGAACAUCCAGAUGUGCGUUUUCUGAAGAGAUUUGUUGCGCUCUGCUACAGAUCGAGGAUCGUUUAUAAAAGCAGUAGUUCCCCAGAACAAAGCAUGAUGGACAAAGCAAUCGCUCUCCACGAGGAGCUGCUCUCUCUUUACCCUCACUCUUCACUCAAAAACGAAACAGAUCUUGCAUCUAUCUAUGCAAAGUCACGUCACAGCAAGGCCAAAGCUGAGCAGAUAUUUAAGAAACUGCUCAGAAAUGAACCUGCAGAACCUUCAGACAAACAGAUGCUUUACAACAAAUAUGCAAAUCAUUUAUACUUUAAUCGAAAAGACUACCACGGGUCGACACAGUAUCACAUGAAGGCAGCAGCAAUACCAGGAAAAUCCUACUUCCGUAAGAACAGCAUCAGAAUCCUGGAGAAGAAUAAAGACAGAGAAAUUGAGGAGUUUCUCAGAAACCUGCAAGAGCCAACGCAGUAAAGAUAGGGAGGCAAAUUUAGGGGGAACAAUUAUGUCCAAGCAAAAAAAAAAACUAAUUUCUACGAAGGCGUUUUGCUUUCACAAAUGGUAAUAAAUGAAUAGUGAAUUUCCUGCCCUUCAAAACUAUUUGAAAUAAAUUAAAGGAAGGUUUGUUUUUAUUAUUUUCUUAAUUAUUUUUAUUUUUGGGCUUUUAUGCGUUUAUUUAGAGAUAGGACAGUGGAUAGAGUUAGAAACGGGAGAGAAAGACAGAGACAGUCGGGGACGACUUACCAAUUCAGGACGGAGUUCCCUUCAUGACAUCACAAAGGGCAGUAGCCCCUCCCCCAGGUGGGUGACACUCCCACAGCUAGGUGUUUCUUCUGCCCUCUGAGUCUGCCUUCUCACCGUAAACAAUAGGACAUGGAGCGAGAAAGCCCGAGACACCCAAGCCCUUCCAGAGAGGGGGCGUGGUCAGACACAGCAUUUACCUAUUUAAAGGUACAGACACAGAAACAGCCUGUUCUGAGCAGGGCUGAAAUAGAGGGGUUUAUAGGCAUGAUCAAAUACAGGAUCAGAGUGGAUUUAGAACAAGAAACUUCACACACAUGUUUUGAGGAGCUCUGAGACUUAUUUAAACUGAAGAGGAGGAGGAGGAUAUGUGACCUUUAAUUCUUCCACCCUAGCUCCUGGUAGGUGUGACGUCCUCUGUAAAACACGGUCGUCAUGGUGAAUACUUAAUGAAGAAAUGUGUGAAUUGUGAUUAUCAUGUAUUUUGCUUCUGUUGUGUUUUUUCAAUGCUGUAUUUUCAGUGUUUAGAAUUAAUGGAUUUUAUAAGAAUGUGCUUCGCUUUGGAUAUUUAAAGUCCUCAUUGUUCAUGUGAAAAUUUAUUUGCUGUGACCUGAAAAUUAUAUAUUAAGAUGCUCCUGUUUGCUCAAGCUAUGUUUAACCUUCAUACC